GUCGGUGACGUCAUCGUUCGCAACGACAGGCCUGCGUUUUUAUAUGUUCCGGCUCUGGAAGCCAUUUUCAAAAAAUACCGUUUUGCGUGACGCCGUUCCUGUGUGGAUGAGAGGCUGAAAUGAUAAAAUACCGUUUGACCUGAUGCCAUUUUGACCUGAAACGUUUCUGUGUGACUAGCCCAGGGGGAGCAAAGAACGCACAACAUAGUCAUUACUUUUUCAGGUAAAGUUUAUUUUGUUAUACAGUGGAACCCAUUUGUAUGCAAUUUUCCUGUAGGAAACUGUCAAGCUGUGGCCAUCAUACAACCUUGAACUGUACAGGCAAUAUGGAAUUCGUGAUCGCACAACUUGAGAGGUUCCCAUUUUCAUUUUAUAUGUAAAAGUGACUUUUUUACAUGAACAGUAAUGUGUGUCCCUAGUGCCCGUUUAUACACCCACCAGGAGAGCUUAAAAUGACAAAUCUUAAAAUGACACCUGGAGCUCCGCCAACUGUCCGUCAGUCAUCUGCAGACGUGGGAGCGCGUAAGUUGGAUUGUUUUGUUUUUCUUCACCUAACCUAGCAUGAUGUUGCUGUUAUAGGGGGUAUUCUGACAAAGGGGCUCAACCAACCCAGGCUUGGUGCUCAAGAUGCAGCUCAACAAAACCCAAAUUCCCCAAACAGAGCCUUGGGUGUUGAUUAUGUGUCCUGGCGCUGAGCUGACCGGCGACCAUCCGUGCGGCGGAACGGCGUGGUCCUCAGAUCUGAGCCGAAAUAAGACGAGGAGACUUUUGCAGUUGAACCUUGACAUUGUGGUCCUGCAGUUGGUCCACAUGAUCCAGCACGCCGCCUCUGCUCUCAGCGUCCUCCAGCAGAGCACCAACGUCCAGCACGUUGUCCAGGUAGGCCUGGAUCUGCACCUGCAGCUUCUCGCUCUCUGUUUCCUUCAGGCUCUAGUGCACACACACGCGCACACACGUCUUUACAAUGCAGAAGCAAGUAAAAAUCCAUAUUUACACAAAGUUAUUAUGAAAGAAGCAUCUCACGUCCAGAUACUUGUCCAAGCCCAGCUGAGUGAACUCAUACUGCAGGUGUACGCGGAAAUUCAUGUUCUCCACAGAAUGAACCACAAUGUUGAUGAACUGCAUGCAGGCCACCUGCAAACACAUUACAUUAUUACAGCAAUCUACAUCUCAUUAAUUCAUCUGUCUAAUUAAUAGCGAUUGAGAACAUGUGUGCAUGUGGCCCACCAUGAAGUCAAUGUUGCUGUCGUCAUUGAUGAAGUACUCCAUCAGCUUCUCAAAGCGGCUCCUCUCCCUGCUCACCUGAGGGAGAAAAGUGUCAUGUGUGCAAGAAUAAUAUUAAGAUUUAUUUAGAUUAUUUAUAUAUUAUUAUACAUUAUUAUAUUUUAUUACUUAUUUAGAUUUAGAUUAUUACAUUAUUGUUAGAUUUAUUAGGAUUGUUGGUAUAUAUUUAUAAAAUUAAUACUCAUAUUAGUAUAAAUAUAUUACUGCAUUUUAUUAUAAAUAUUGUAUUUAAAUAUAUUUUACAAGAAAUUUAAAAGCAUGUAUUGAAAGAAUGUUAAGAAUUACUAAGAUUUUUAAAUGAGUAAAUCUAAUAUAAAAUGCAAUUGUAAACCAUCAUAAAUUACAAUUAUUGUAUGUAAUGUUUACAAUACAUUCAAAUAUUAUACAUUACAAAGACAAUGCAAGCAUGCAUUUUGAAAGUAGGGAGCCAAUUUAAUUGCGGUUACCAGGGUGCAUUUUACGUGCUGCCCACACGGGGCGCACCAACAAGGCAAGUGUGUCUCAUAUACAGUACCGGUGAAAGUCUGGAGACGCUUGCUUAUGCUAUUGAAUAGGAAAGUGUCUCCAAACUUUUGACUGGUACUGAAAAUGCACGCGUUAACACACAAUGUAAUGUAUUUAUUAUAAACAAGGUGGGGUGUCUUAUAUACAGUGCCAGUCAAAGGUCUGAAGACGCUUGCUUAUGCUAUUGAAUGGAAAAGUGUCUCCAAACGUUUGACUGGUAUGCUACCUGCAGGUGUUAGAAAAUGAAAAUGUAAGUAACACAAUGCAAUGUAUUUAUUAUCUUCUGACCUCUCUGAAGUUGUCAAACGCAGAGAGGAUGAUGUCAUGUCCUCCUCUGACCAGGCACACGGCAGCCAGCAGCUCCAGGACCAGGGCUUUGGUCCUGUCACGGCAUAAUGAUGGCGCUCAAACACACGCUUAAAAACGCACCCCUUCAGUGGCAGGCUAAGAAACACACACUGACCUAUGAUUCCUGCUGUGUAGGCUGAGCGUGAUCUCGUUGACGCAGCGCAAGUGCGUCAUCACCAGGUUGAAACCAGACUGAAAAAAAAGCAGCGUCAGUUUGAGUGUCAUGCUGUUUUUGCAUUAGGGGCAAGUCGGCGAGUGCCCCAACGCUUACAGCAGAUGCUUGCAAAAGCUUGUAACAUUUUUGUCCAUGACCAUUGAUGACUCCUCUCUUUUCUAGUCCUUUUUCUACUUCGAAUGUCAUCAUGAUUGCCAAUCUACUGUCGUGAAAGGCUACAUAAACAAAAACAAAAAAAGGUCAAGAAAAUGCAAAAAAAACAAAAAAAAAACACUGAGAAGUCAUUCUAGGGCAACGUCAGCCCUGCCCCCAAUUUGAUAUUGAAAUCAUAAAGAAAAAGCUUUGUUUUAUGUUCCUUCAAGCAUAUAUUUCUUGGCAUUCCCAAGUGUGCAUCUGCAUUCGUGUGUCCGACUGUCUUCCUGCUGACUCUCCUCGUCCUUUGUCUGCUGUGUGGGGCAGCACAACCCUCUGCCCCCAAGUUGAUAAUCAAACAGUUCUAUUUUAUAAUACUUACAGUAUAGCAUGUAGCUUUUGGCAUAGUUUACGUCUGUCUAUCUUGGUUCGAUGGUCCUCCUGCCACCUGUCCCUGUCCUUUCUCUCCUGCCUGGGACAACACAAGCCCUGCCCCUGCCGAGGUAGUAGCUUUGAGCCACGUAGUGUUUUGGGUUUUUUGCAUAUUUACUUAGUUUUCAUCUGUCUGACUUUCUCAGACAGUCUUCCUGCAAACUUUCCGUGUCCUUUCUCUCCUCGUCUCCUUAGGGCAGAUCGCUGUGCUGCCCCAAGUUGACAAGGAAACGCCUUCUGUCUUCUAUCUUUCUGCCUUUGUCUUCCUACCUACCCUCCUUGUCCUUUCUCUCCUGUGUGGGUCAGUACAACAGUCUGCCCCAAGAUAAUAACAAAUUACUGGAUAUAUUUUCAGCACAAUUUACUUAGUAUACAUCUGUUUCGUGUUGUCUGACUGUGUUCCUGCCGACUCUCCCUGUCCUUUCACAACUUUGUUUCACGAUGAAAUAGGAAAUCUAUUGAAAGAAUUCCGCCUAGCAACAAGGGGCCACACAAACGUGAGCGGGGAAAAGAAUUACAGUGGAAUUUUCUUGUUUGACACUCUUACAUGAAAACACUUAGAGUGUUCUGCAGGGUGGAGGCGGGCGCUACCUGGUAGUUCAUGAUCGCUCUUAGACACAUGAUGCACACGUGCACGUCAUCUCUCUGGCUGGGUAAGUGAGACUUCUUCAGCAUCUUGUUUCCCAGAGUGGAGCUAAUCCUGUUGGCAUGAGAACAUUAGCACCAUGUCCAACGCUGCCCUGCGGCAGGUGUGCAACCUCCUCACCUCACAGUGAGCGCUCGUGCCGCUCGGCUCAUUCCGUGAGACUGCAAGGAGCCACUGCCAGGGGUCGUGUUGGUGGUCUUGCUCAAGUCUUCGAUGGACCUUCCAUUGAGGGUUCUUGAUCGGUCGGCCAGGGUGCUGCCGUUUUCGCUGCUGUCCACGUCAAACCUGAAGACAACCAAACAUCUGUGGUGGUGACCUUCCUGAUGGAGGAACAGCUUCCUUAAAACUGCGGCUGCUGCUGCUACUCACAAGGCAUCGCUCUGGGCCUGGGACAGGACCACAUUGAAGCGCUCCUCCAGCUCCUGCUCGUCAGGCUUGGGCAGCUUAGGGGGAGGCGGCUGCUUCUUCUGCAGCGCCGGGGGCGUCGGCUCACUCAUCCCAGACGAGACCGAGCUCCUGGCUUCACGACCGUCAGGUGGCUCCUGUUGCUCGGCGGCCCCCGUGGCAGCAUUCCCCAUCACUAAUCUCCACAAGUAAUCCAGGAGGAAAGCCGUGAACAAGCGCCUUCUCCUUAGAAAAUCAGUUGCAUACCAGAGUGGGCGAGAGCAAGGAGGCCUAAAUGAGGCCUGUUGCCGGGAGGAAGUGCAUCCUACAGGUGGGAAGGAGUUUGACUUUCUGAUUGCCCUCGACGGUCGAAUCCUCACUUUUUCAAAGGAGCACCCGAACGCACCACCGCUAACGCUCAUUUCCAAAAUGGCGGACCCGACGACAUCGCCCGAGGACCACAGGAAGCACGCAGAUGUGGUGUUCGGCGACGCCGUCUUUGACCCUGGUUUCUUUAAUGUCGCCAGGAAGGGGAGCACUGUCUCGCGAGCCAACAGCAUUGGCUCAACAAGUGCCUCUUCAGUACCAAAUACAGACGACGAGGACAGCGACUGCCGGCACGAGACGUCGCACAAGAACUCAUACAAAGAUCGGCGGAGACAAGCGCACACGCAGGCUGAGCAGAAGCGACGAGACACUAUCAAGAAAGGCUUUGAUGACCUGCAGUCGGUGGUGCCAACCUUCCUGCAGUCGGAAUCUGCGGUGGGAGCGCAGAAGAUCAGCAAGGCCGUCAUCCUGCAGAAGACCAUCGAGUACAUCAAUUUUCUUCACAAAGAGAAGAGGAAGCAGGAGGAGGAGGUUUCCCGCCUGAGGAAAGAAGUGACUGCGCUGAAGAUCAUGAAAACGAACUAUGAGCAGAUCGUGAAGGCCCACCAGAACCACCCACAAGGGGACAACCAGGUGUCGGACCAGAUGAAGUUCAACAUCUUUCAGAGCAUCAUGGACUCCCUCUUCGACUCCUUCAGCAACUCCGUCUCAGUCAACAGCUUCCAGGAGCUCUCAGCCAGCGUUAUCAACUGGAUCGAGGAACACUGCAAGCCGCUGAUGCUGAGGAAUUUUGUCAUCAGUGUGCUGAGACAGCUCAGUGGUCAGCUCUACUGACGCUGGCUUUUGGGACUUUGGGUGUCUCCACCGCCGCUGGACGACGUGGGUCUGAAGUCGCAAUGGUACAUCGUACAUAAGUGUAUAUUUUAGCCACGUUUGUCUCAUUUUGACAUAAGCUGGUGUUUGAUAUUGUAAUGUGUUGGAAGUGUCAGGUAGGUUUUAUAAUGUAGCGUGGACUUUAUAAAAGCCAGCAGACAGACACAACAUCAACGCUGGCCUUCUUUUAAUGUUUUAAUACUGCCAUCAUGUUUUUAAGAGCAACAUGUGUAAUAGUGUGUGUGCGGGUUUCUCUCUCAGGGUUGGAGACUCACAGUGUUUGUGAGUUUCUGAUGCUAAAUUGCGCAGGUGUGCCUAAUAUUGUGGCCAGUGAGUGUAUAAUCGACAGGACGCACACACUGUCCGUGUUAAGUCAAUUGCUGUGGAGUAAAACCAAGUCAUUGCUGCAGCGAUCGCUAUCCAGGUUUUCUAUGACAUACUAUAUUUGUAAUGCAGGUGUUGCACCAGGAUGUGGAAAGUGUUCUUUCAGUCCCUUUUGGGGCGACUCAUUUUUUAUUAGUAGCAGUUGUUACCAAGACGGGGUUCUCAAAGCGCUGUAAAGCCAGCAUAGAACGUUUGUUUGUAAAUAGAUGACAGCACGGGCAGCGUGCAUGUUGUGUGUAUGAAAACCUACUGGUGAGUUGUCAGUCUUUGGCCGAAUGCUAGAACAUCAGUAAUCACCAGACUGGUAAAGGAGAGCAACAAAAUAGCGCACUGUAAUAGCAACUCUAUACCAGGGGUAGGGAACCUAUGGCUCAGGAGCCAUAUGACUCUUUUGAUGACUCUCUGACAUUUCUUAGCAUGAUAACAUUUACCGGUACUUAUUUAAAAAUUUUUUGCUUACAGUACAUUUCAAAGUACAACAUUACAGAAAUCAGUGUUAAAAAUAACAUUCAAAAUAUAAAACAUUCUUAUGUAUUUGAAUCCAUCCAUCCAUCUUCUACCACAGUGCAUGUGGCCACAGAAAAUGCCAGCUGCCCUUCCAAUAUUUUUCCGGGUUAGACACCAAAACUCCAUUACUGGAUAAUGUGGAGCCUACUCGGGUUAUUGAGAGGUCAAGAAGUAAACUUCCCUCCUUUUAGUCAAAUAGUCAAUCGUUUUUGCCAUAUAACAUAUUCUUCGUCCUUUUCACGAAGAAUAUGGCAAAAAGAUACGGCGUAUGGCGCAAAACCAUGCAGCACCAAAAGUCGCAUUAAUGGUAAUAAGUAUUUAAUUUAUUAUUGGUUAGCUUCAGUAGACUUAUAGAUUUAUAUUCUAAAAUCGGUCUUUCUUACAAACACACACAUUUAGUUGUAUUCAGUGUUAAAACAUAUGGCUCUCACGGAAAUACAUUUUAGAAUAUGUGGCUUUCAUGGCUCUGAGACAAAGAGGUUUCCUACCCCUGCUCUAUACAUUAGGUAACCGAUGAUUGUAUUGACCAACAACACAGCCACACUCAUCAUAAAUGUAUUUUAUUUAAAAGCCUCUCCCUUCUAGAUAAUGCCGACAAGUAGGUGUAAUAAACUUGAUAAACAAAGUGCUCAGGCAGAAAGUUUAGCCUCCAUUUCCCCUUUUUAACUUCUGGUGUGCCUCAGGAGUCUGUCCUAUGACUGCUCCUAUUUCUAUACAGUAUAUCAAUACAUAGCCUCUUACUAGUUGGAGUUAAAACACAUUUUCAUAUUUACAGGGUCGAGUGCACAUGAAAGAACUGUUUAGUGCCUUGCUCAAUUGCGUCAAACUCAGGAGUGCUUGAGUAGUGAAAUGGCACCAACCAGUGCCAAUUUCUGUAUCUUUUGGCCCCUCAUCCGUUCCUUCAGCCAAAAUUCUGCCUUUUACUAGACUUGUUUGGCAAUUUAGUUUUACUGUCUGUUCUAAAGACCUGCAAUAAUGGGGGUGAAACAUUUCUGUAUUUUAAUAUUUAUAUAAUUAGACACGUUUAAAAACACCAACAGAAGCUCAUCUGCUUGCACAUCUGUCCAUUUGGCAUACCUUUUAUAUUUGCUAAAUUAUUCUUCUCUUGCCGCUUGACACUGUAUGUGCUGUAUGUGUUUUCUGUGUACUGCAGGACGUCUCUCCUGGUUAAAUAAAUAUGCCAUUGACCAAGUCAACCUGUCCUGAACAUUUAAUAAGGUGGAAGUAGUACUGAAUGCUUCAUCUGAACGAUAUCUGUCAGUAAGAGGAAUUGAAAUAAACUGUACCAACUAAAUCAUUCAAGGUCCAACAGUGAUUGGUACUUUUACAUAACAUUACAUCAGACAGUCGGCACUACCACCUUACAGUCCUCAUCUGUCUCCACACCAACCUCCUCCUGAAUGGGGGGAAAAUGCAUUGUACUCGCAAAACUGC